CGUUAGUAGCCCUAAUUCCUCGCGUGUCAUGCCGUUCCUCCCUAACGAUUCCACCUCGAAAUCGUCCCCGUCGCCACGACCGAGGCGUUGAAGUCACCGCAUCCCAUUACACGCUGGCGCUAUAUCGAGCGAAACAUCGGUAGCGAAGCAGGUAGUAUCGCGUAUAGCAUGGACGGCACGCGGCGCAGCAGCCGCGGCCGCGAGUUGAAGCGCGUUGCUUUCGACGACGCAGGGGCAGCUGAGGGUGCGACAGAGGUUGGUGCUGAGGGUACCGCCAGAGUAGCAUAUCACACUGCUGCUGCAGGCCGUGCUGGAGAUGCAGCUGAGCCUGAGGGCGCUGCCAGAGGAGCGGUGGAGGUUGCAGUGGUGGGACCAGGAGAGAUAGGUGCUGAGGGAACUGCCAACACGGCAGCUCGCACCGCUGCUGCAGGCGACACUGGGAAUGCUGCUGAGGGGGAGGAGGGCACUGCCAGAUUGGCGGCGGAGAAAGCAACUGAGGGUGCAGCAGAGAUUGGUGGCGCUGAGGGUACCGCCAACAAAGCAGCUGAGAAUUCUGGUGGGGGUACUGCCGAAGGUGUUGUUAAAGGAGGGGAGAGUGGGGUGGGAGAAAGGGAGAGAAGGGGAGAAGUAACUGGUUCAUUGGGUGCUGCUGUCGAAGCCCCUGCUGCUGGUGUUCCUGCUGCUGCUGCUGCUUCUGGGGUUGGUGCCUUGGUGGCUGGUUCUGGUUCUAAGGAUAGUUCAGUGCCUAACACUGGCGCAAAUGCUGGGGAGGAUUGGACGGGAGGGGUUGUGGAGGGCUCUGAUUGGCUGAUGGCUGCUGCUAGGGGCUUCAUGGAGACUGCACUUGUUGUUGCUGAUGUGGAACUGGCUGUUGCUGAUGUGGACAUUGCUGAUGCUGAUGUGGACACUGCUGUUGCUGAUGUUGGCACUGCUGGUACUGAUGUCAGCACUGCUGGUGCUGAGGUGGACGAAAGGGGAAGCAGACUGGAGAGAUCAGAGAGGGAUGUGGAGUGGGAUGAGAGGACAGGCGAUGGGAGUGGCGAGAAGGAGGCAGAUGCAGUGGCAGCAGCAGCAACAGCAAUAGCAGCAGCAGCAGAAGGUGCUGCUGCUGCUGCUGCUGUGGCGACUACUGAAGUGAAAGCAGAAGAGGAGGAAGGAGAGGGCGAAAGGGAGGACAAGAUGAAAGGGCAUCGAGGAAAGCGCAUUGCUCACUUAGAAAGCGCCGAGGGGAAACAGCAAGAGGAAGACAGAGAGACGCGCAGGGGACUUUAUGAUGCGACACGUGGCGGGCUGAGAUUGGUGGAGUCUAGCGUGCCUCCUUUUCUCCCUAUCAGCCAGUUGGAGCAGGAGUUUCUGCCACGUCAGCCUCAGCUCUUCGCGUCUCAUCUGGCCCGUGUGCUUAGCUGCUUCGUCUCACGAAGGGGGCAGCCGCCCAGCCAUCUCUCGGUUCGCCUCUCCUACCCUCCCUCUGCCUCCCUCCCCUCCCAUGCCACUGCCAUGGCAUGGCCCUGCACCCCCUCCGCGCUCUCCCUGCUUCAAACCAAGCGAGCCGCUGCUGCUGCGGCUGCGCUUGCUUCUGAGGCUACAGCCGGUGCUGCUGCGGCUGUAGCAGGGUCUCUGCCAUCCGUCUCCCACAAGAGGAAAGCAGCAGCAGGAGACGGGGGGGGCGGAAGCAGCCACCGUGCCAAGUCGCACAGGUCGCACAAGGCGAGCGGGUCUAGCAGGCCGAGCAAGUCUCGUCGCAAGAAAGCGCACCGGGCGCGGUGGUACCGCUCUAAAAGUUCUAGGGUUAACAGACACGGUGCAGCAAGUGUGCCGGUGGGAGGCGUGGCAGUUCACGAGGCUGCUUCUGUCGGGGUGGAGGUGGAUGAGUGGGUGGGGGAGGAGAGGGGAGGAGGAGAGGGGGAAAGUAUUAAAGUGGUGCUGGGUGUGGUGAAAGGGGAGGAGGAUGAGGAGGUGGAGGUGAGGGAGAGAAGAGAGGUGAGAAACGGAUCAGGGAUCGACGAGAAGGUAGAUGUGGUGAAGGGAGAAGAGGACUCAGAGGUGGAGGAGGUUAGGGCGGUACAGGAAGUGAGGGGCGUGGGGGAGAAACCGGAGGUGGAAGGAGUAACACAUGGGGAGGCGAUUACAGAGGUGGAGGAGGUUAGGGUGGUACAGGAAGUGAGGGGUGUGGGGGAAAUGUCAGAGAUGGGAGGGAAAACGGAGGUGGGGGCAGCAAGGAUGGUGCAAGAGCAGAAGAUAGAGGGGGAAGCAGAGUCUAGGGAAGCAGAGUCUAGGGAAGCAGAGUCUAGGGAAGCAGAGUCUAGGGCAGCAGAGUCUAGGGCAGCAGAGUCUAGGGCAGCAGAGUCUAGGGCAGCAGAGUCUAGGGCAGCAGGGUGGCAAGGGAGAAAGGCUGUGUUCGUGAGAGGGGUGGCAGCGGAUGACGAAUUGCUGUCAGUCACAGCUGUUCCAGAAGCAGUAACUGGAUCAGUGCCACCGCCACCAUCAGCAGCAGCAGCACCAUCAGCAGCAGCAGCACCAUCAGCAGCAGCACCACCAUCAGCAGCAGCAGCACCAUCAGCUGCAGCACCACCAUCAGCUGCAGCAAUACCAUCAGCUGCAACCCGAAGCGUUUCCCCUUCAGUUACACGCGUUGUGCCACCGCCGGCCUCAGCAGCAGCUCCGUCAGCAGCAGCAACAGGAAACGCACCACCUUUUGGGGUUGGAGGGGUGAACGAAGAGGGAGUGAUGAAUGUGGCAAAAGAGGCGGCAAAAGUGGCAGCUGAUGUUACUGCUGCGGCUAAUGCGCUUGCUGCGGGUGGGAGGGGUGCUGCCAGCAGCAUUCCUGUAGCAGGGCAGCGCGGGGGCCUAGGGCCAAGCAUAAUCGAUGAGGAUACACAGAGGGUAGGGCAAGAGGCAGGAAAGGGAGAGCAGGAAGCAGCUGCUGCAUCGAGCCCGUUACCUGCAGUUGCAGAAGCUUAUAUGGAAGAUAAGAUGGCGUGGGAACGAGGCUUGGAUGUGAAAACCGUUGGAGGAGAGAUAAGGGAAGGGAUGGUGGAGGGUGUGUGUGUGGUGGACGAAAGGAGAGAAGGUGGGAUGGAAGAAGGGAGGAUACGUGGCGAGAAGCGUGGGAGAGGGGAAACAGAAGAAGCAGCAGCAGCAGUAGCAGCAGAAGCAGCAGAAGCAGCAGAAGCAGCAGCAGAAGCAGCAGCAGGAGGCGGCAGAGGGUAUCUGCGCACAAAGUUGAGCAGCUAUGGAGUUGAGGUUCCAGAUUCAGCGGAAAAUUAUGAGGGGACAGACGAUGAUGCCAUGCGAGCAGGCAUGGAUGCCAGAGGGAUGGAAGGCACUGGCAAUGGCAUGGGCAUGGAGAGUGGCAUGGGCAUGGGUAGAGGCAUGGGGCUGCGUGUUGAAGAGCAGGAUGGGAAGGACACAGGAAGCGGCGGGGGUGGAGGCAAGGGGCUGGAAGCCAAAGGUCGCAUGCACACGGCCACAGGCACAGGGGAAAGCUGGAGGGAAGUGGAUCUGUUUCCCCACGAGGCUGACUGGCUGCUUGCUGACGACGAUGCCUCGACUGCCCUUCCCACUCCAAGGGAGAGUGCAGCCCUGUAUGAGGCUCUCAAGGGAGACCCAGCUACUCACCACCAUCACACAAACCUUGGCUCUGGCGCAUGCCUUCUUCUCCACUCCGGCCUCUCUUCCUGCUUCCAACCACAUCCCACCACCACACUCCCUCCCUCUACGUCCGUCACCUCCCCCUCGUUCCCCACUCGGUCCGCCUCCCCCUUUCUCCCUUCCUCCCGCUGCCCUUUGUCCGCUCUGGGUCCUGUGGAAGAGAUUUUGGUGGCGGCUCACAAGUCAUUCUUCUCCCCUCGGCGUGGUCAAGACCAAGAUAUGGCUGCAACAGCAGCAACAGCUGCUGCUGCUGCUGCUGCUGCCAGUUCUGCUUCCGCUGCUGCCGCUGCUCCUGCUUCAACUGCCUCUGGCCGCAUUCGUGAGCUGAGUUCCCAUGCUACUGCUUCUCUUACCGCUGCCACUGCCCCUGUUGCUGCCUCAACUGCCUUUGUCGCACCUGUUGCAUCUGCUGCUGCUGCUGCUGCUGCCGCCUCUCUCACAUCUGCUGCUUCCACCCCUCCAGUACCGCCCCGCCGCCCCUCCCACACUCGCUCUCGCCUCGCCACUCGCCCCACCACCCGACUCAGCAACCUGCUGGCUGCUACUGCCACCACUCCAACAGCAGGCGCACCUCUCGACACCCCACCCCCACUGCCUUCUCCUAGCGCCCCUGCUGCUGCUGCUCCUGCUGCUGCAAGGACCACCAGUGCUUUGCCUGGAGCAGAGGCAGCGGUGGUGGCAGGAACUCGGAUGAGCGUGAGGCUGCAGCAGAAGAUGCUGGCUCUUGCUGCUAUUGACGCCCCUGCAUCCGCUGCUGCUGCUGUCGUGACUUCUGCCCGUGCUCCUCCUCCUCCUGCUGUCUCUCUUCCUGCUCCUUCUUCUCCUGCUCCUCCUCCUGCUGCUCCCCUUCCAGCUGCUGCUGCUGCUGCUGCUGCUGCCCCAGAUACUGCCCCUCAUGCUCGCCUCUCUGCCCGCUCCCCUGUCUCCCCGCGUCGCCAAGGCGCAAUAAGGCAUGGAGCGCCUGCUGCUCCUCCUCCUGCUGCUCCUGCUCCUCCUGCUGCUCCUCCUCCUGCUGCUCCUGCUCCUCCUGCUGCUCCUCCUUCUGCCGCAGCCAUGCCAUCGCCACGUGCUGCAGCGGUGCAAUCGCCACUUGCUGGAGGCAUGGCAGGGGAUGCUGGAGUGGGGGCACCAGGGGGGGUGCUUUCACCACAUGCACGUGGGCAUCGCACCCACAUGCAUGCUGCAUCAUCUAGACACAUGAGAACUGCUCACUAUGCAUCGUUGUCUGCACAUGCCGCACCAUCACAUGCCGCACCAUCACAUGCUGUGCCAUCACAUGCUGCACCAUCACAUGCCGCACCACCACAUGAAACAGCUGUGCAAGCUGCAGUGGGCAGUAUUGAAACACGACAAGCAGGAGACACACCAUCACUCCAAGCGCCUCCAACCACAGAAUCAACACAUACGCAUGCACUGUCUGUACCAUCAAGACUUACCCAUGCACCAUCUGCACAAUCCGCCCCAUCUGUAGCGCAAUCUGCCCCAUCUGUAGCACCAGCUGCCCCAUCUGUAGCACCAGCUGCCCCAUCUGUAGAACCAGCUGCCCCAUCUGUAGGACCAGCUGCCCCAUCUGUAGUACCAGCUGCCCCAUCUGUAGCACCAGCUGCCCCAUCUGUAGGACCAGCUGCCCAUCUGUAGCACCAGCUGCCCCAUCUGUAGCACCAGCUGCACCAGCCUCAACACACCUGCCAUCGUCGAAUGUACCCUCGGCCUCGCAUGCAGCAUACGCAAGCACACCAGCAGCAGUACCUCAUACCACCUUACCUCAUACCACCUUACCUCAUACCACCGUACCUCAUACUAUCUCAC